AUGGCAGUUUCUAUGGCAGUCUUCUGUCCCCAGAGCAGGGCCCCAGAGCAAGCAUACCUUGACUCGAUACAAUCAUUUAUCACAAAUCAUCAUGUCCUUCAACACAUCGUCCAAAAUAUUACGACACUUCUGGAUGUAUGGCCCAUCCUCGCUCAGGAAAACCCCGAGAUUUCACAGCUCUCACAAGGCCCACGUUAUGCGAAGCUACUCAUAGAGUGGCUUGUCGAUGGCAUCUCAGAUGGUGUUAUUUCCACAUCUUCUGGGAUUGUAGCUCUCCCGCGGCUAGUCAUCAUUCAGAUCACUCAGUACUUUCAGUUUCUGGAGAGCCGGGAUAUGACACAUGCGGACUUCACUGCCCAGGUUCGGGAUUCUGGAGGAGUUCAAGGGUAUUGUGGAGGGUUGCCAGCUGCCGUCGCGCUUGCUUGUGCAAAAAACGAACCUGAACUCAUACAAUUGAUUUGCACGGCGAUUCGGCUCGCAUAUGCGAUUGGAGUGUACGCAGAGCUUGGUGAUGAUUCAGGAAUCCCGGGAACCACAACGAUAGUGGUCCGAUUGAAAAGAGAAGGUCAAGCUGAAGAGCUUACUUAUAUUUCUGCCAUCACAGACCCCAAAUCCGUCAGCAUAGUGGGCCCAGUGAAACAAUUGGCAGACCUCCAGGCAUUUGCCAACCAGCAAGGCUUAUUAGUCCAGAGCAUGGAUAUCCGAGGCAAAGUACACAAUCCAGAAAAUGCAGAUCUGGCGACUGAACUGGUAGCCAUAUGCCGGGAGACAGCUCUGCUCGACCUUCCCCGAGCAGAAUCUUUACAAGUUCCUGUGAGGUCAAACCGGACUGGCGAUUGUAUUACCGCAGGUUCCCUGACUGAGGAGAUUGUCAAAACAGUUCUUGCAUCUCGAUGUGAAUGGUUUAAGCUUCUCUCAAACGUUGCCGCGGACCUCAACCGGACUGGAAUCGACACCCAUAAUCUUGUCUCUUUUGGAAUCGGAGAUUGUGUUCCUCUAAUGCCAUUCAAUAUGUUUGGCGUUCGGAUGGCAAAAACAAAUUGGAGUGGGCGAAAGGGCAGCCAGCCCCCUCGGCGGGCGCGUAGUGAGAUAUUGGGCGGCUAUUCGUACCCCGAGGAUGCAAUAGCUAUUGUUGGUGCGUCGUGUCGCCUUCCGGGCGCUAGAAACAUGGACGAGCUCUGGGACCUGAUCUCAAAGGGCGUGGACAAACACCAGGAGCUAAAGCACGAUCGGUUUGAUCUCUAUGGUAGCUUUCGGGCUUCCCAAACCGGAAAUUUCACCAAGAAUCGCAAAUUUUAUGGAAAUUUCAUCGAAGGUGCGGAAAGAUUCGAUAAUAGCUUCUUCGGCAUUAAUCCACGAGAGAUGGUCAACAUGGAUCCGCAACAACGGAUCCUGCUGGAGCUGUCUUACGAGGCAAUGGAAUCCAGCGGCUACACACGAUCUCACUUGCGAGAAAAUGGUGACGCCGUGGGAUGUUUCAUUGGAGCGAGCUUCAUAGAGUAUCUCGACAAUACGAAUGCCCAUCCGCCAACUGCAUACACAUCAACAGGCACCAUUAGAGCAUUCUUAUGCGGUAGAUUGAGCUACUACUUUGGAUGGACGGGUCCAGCCGAGGUCAUUGAUACUGCUUGCUCCUCCUCCCUAGUUGCCAUUAAUCGUGCCUGUAAAGCGAUACAAGGAGGUGAAUGCUCUAUGGCUCUCACCGGAGGUAUCAACAUAAUGACGGGAGCAAACAAUUUCCUAGACCUGGCAAGAGCCGGCUUCUUGAGUCCAACAGGCCAAUGCAAACCAUUCGACCAAAAUGCAGAUGGUUACUGCCGAGCUGAGGGAGCUGGUCUCGUCGUCCUGAAAUCCCUGAAAAGGGCACAAUCAGACGGCGAUUACAUUAUGGCUGUUAUACCUAGUGCUGCCACCAACCAAGGCGGACUCUCCAGUAGCUUAACCAUACCGGACUCUGCAGCUCAGGCCAAGAUGUACAAACAGGUGCUUCAGAAAGCCGUUUUGAGCCCUGAUCAAGUCACCUACGUGGAAGCUCACGGGACAGGGACACAGGCAGGGGACCCCCUCGAGGUUGCAAGUGUUCGAUCUGUUUUUGGAAGCUCUACGAGAAAUGAUGAAUUGCACAUUGGCUCAAUCAAAGGAAACAUUGGCCACUGCGAAACCGCUGCUGGUGUAGCGGGUCUACUCAAGGUCAUUUCCAUGCUUGACCAUCAGGCCAUACCACCCCAGGCCAGUCAUAUAACUUGGAAUUCCAAAAUACCAGCCCUGGCGCCUGACCGAAUGGCUAUUGCAAAGGAGCUGCGAGUGUGGGAUGCUCCUAUUCGCGCCGCUAUGAUUAAUUCCUAUGGCGCCGCUGGCUCAAAUGCUGCCGUUCUGUGCUGCGAAGGACCGAACCCCCCACAGGGCGAUACGGUAUCGAUUCCCGGUCUAAAACACCCGAUUAUCAUCAGCGCAGCAUCAUUGUCAAGCCUGAAGGCAUAUAAAAAAUCACUGGCGUCCUACCUUGCUAAAGCAACUCCCCAGCCCAACAUCGCUGAAAUUGCUUACACAUUGAGUGAAAAGCGUCAACGACACAAGUGCCACUAUGCUGCAUUUGAAGCAUGUGAUACUACGGAGCUUAUAAGGACCCUCUUAAGUGAUCAGGAGUCAACGAUUAAGAGACCCACUUCGAACACUGUGGUGCUCAUGUUUGGCGGACAGAGUAAACAGACUAUCGGCCUGAGCAAAGAGCUAUACGAGCAUUUCAUCACGUUCCGGACAUAUAUGAACCUGUGUGAUAAUAUUCUGCAAGAGUUAGGCCACCCACCCAUUUUACCGGCCGUCUUUGACACCGGCAACGUCUCGGAUAUUGUCGUUCUGCAAUCCGGUUUUGUGGCUAUUCAGUACGCAAGCGCACUCACUUGGAUCGAUGCGGGAUUAAAAGUCAAGACUAUCGUUGGGCAUAGCUUGGGCGAAUUGACCGCAUUAGCUGUUAGUGGCAUGCUAUCAAUACGUGACUGCCUUAAGCUCGUUGCUGCUCGUGCCGAUUUGAUGAAGAGGAAAUGGGGCCAAGAUAAGGGCUCGAUGCUUGCUAUAUUUGCCAGUCGACCUGACGUGCAGCAACUCAUUGCUAGCACAAACCUUUCCAGCACUAAUAGCAAAUUAGAGGUAGCUUGCUAUAACUCUGAGACAAGUCAAGUGGUGUCUGGAGACCACAGCGCGAUUGCGGAUCUGGAAAACCAUUUGCUGCUAAGAUCGCCAUCAAUCAAGUAUCUGCACAUAGACACGAGCCAUGGAUUCCAUUCCCGACUGGUUGAGCCGAUCCUUGAAGACCUAAAUCAAGUGAGUUAUUCACUUGAUUGGAACGAGCCAACUAUUCCUAUUGAGAUAUGUGCCCAAGAUUCUUCACCGUCUGACAUUAUGUACAUGCCGUCGGACCAUGCACGGAAUCCUGUAUACUUCUCAGACACCGUGAAACGGAUCGAACAUAAACAUGGCCAAUGCAUCUGGCUCGAGGCCGGUAUGAACACGCCUAUUAUAUCAAUGACAAGGAGGGCCACUUCGCAGUCCAAUGGCCACCUCUUCUAUGCAAUGUCUACAAAAGACGAGGGUAUUGCCACGAAUCUCAUUUCGCGUAUUAUCUGUGGUUUGUGGCAAUCGUCGCUACAUGUAACACACUGGUCGUUUUUGCAAACUGAAUGCGUUCCCAAGCAGGUAUGGCUGCCUCCAUACCAGUUUGAUCCAACUGCAGCUUGGCUUGAUAAUAUUGAUCGCGUUGCUGAGCUACAACGUCAGCUGAAGGAGCGACCGGAAAUGGCCACAAGAGAAGAAUCUCCACUAAACAGACCCUAUAUGGUUACGUUACUACCCAAUACAACGAACUCUGGGCAGAAAAAGCAUUUCAAGAUUUCUGUGGGUGGAGAACGUUUUAGGAGCAUUGUCUCUGGCCACGCAGUGAGGCACCGUCCAUUGUGUCCAGCAUCAGUUUAUCUAGAAUGUGCCGCAAUGGCCCUUGACAUUGUGGAAGGUGGCCUGCAAAAGUCGAAUUUGGACUUCGAGGGACUAGACAUCCAAGCUCCUCUGGGCAUUGGAGCAGAACAUGUCGAGGUAACUCUUCAGGAACAGAGCGCUGGCAAAUGGUGGGAAUUCACUAUUAUAAGUCGAGACAACGCAAACCACGAGAAGACUACUCUUCAUGCCAAAGGCCUGCUGAUGAAAUCUUCGGAUUCAAAACUUGACACGAUGGCAAGGCUUCUUGGCAAACGGAUGGAGGCCCUUGCCGGAAAUGAAGACGCGGAAAGAAUGUUGUCAAAACGUGCAUACGACCUCUUCUCCCGGGUGGUCACGUAUGACAAGUUCCUUAAGGGUAUUACAAGCAUUUUGAUGAAUGAUACCGAAGCCGUUGCAAAAAUUACUAUUCCGGCCGAUCAACCUGGUUUAGAUGAAAGCACUGUGGCCGGGGUUUGUGAUGCUGUGUCUUUGGAUAACUUCAUUCAAGUAGUUGGGUUGCUGAUGAACACUAGCGACAUGGUUGACGAUCGUGAGGUCAUGGUCUGUACUGGGAUCGAAAAUUCAAUGAUUUGCAAAGGCUGUGAUAUGGUGGGUUGCCGAUCUUGGACGGUCCACGCCUCGUUCACUCCAACGAGCGCGUCUCAGGCGAUUGGAGAUGUUUUCGCCUUUUCAGAGGAUGGUACUAUCGCCGCAGCGUUCACCGGGUGCCGCUUCGCUAAACUUGAUGUAACUCGACUUGAGCGAUUACUUGAUCCUGUCAACCGGAAUACUAGUGGUAAGCAAGCCCAGAGGCUCGAUCAUGGUGUUUUAUCGAGCUCGACUUCACAUAACAUUGAAAGACUACCGGGGCUUACUUCAGACACGAGCACCGCCUUGUCGAGUGACGACGAGAUAGAGACACCACCUUCCAUUCGCGAAAACACUCUUCGAGAAAUGCUUGAGACUUACACCGGUGCCGCUGCUUCCAGUAUACUUGGCGAGGCUAUGAUUGCAGAUUUGGGCCUGGACUCAUUGGCAGCAAGUGAGAUGGCAGGGGAACUUCAAUUUUCGUAUGAAGUCAUCCUUGAUAGUCAGGAUUUACUGUCUAUGACCGUUAAAGAACUCGAGAAUCGAUUGUAUGGCACUUCUCUGAGGAAAAGCCUCAAGGAGAAAAUUCAGGCUAUUCAGGGUGGGGUUAACGACUCGGUAGGACCGUCCCCAGAGACAAUAGAUCCAACUCAGCGAGGCUCGAUACUCCUCGCAAACAAGUUGACGGAUCUGUUAAUUGAGACUACGGGUGUUUCUGCCCCAUCUAUCAAAGCUCAGACGACAUUGGAGGAGCUAGGAGUAGACUCACUUGCUCUAACGGAAAUUUUGUCAGGCCUUAUGGACGAGUCCACAGCCGCACUCAACACCGACGACAUAUCUCUACAGUCAAGGGUUGAAGAAGUACUCGCUGCCCUCGGAGUAUCGGGUGAUGCUAGGGAGACCAAUAACUCAAGGGACGUUGUGGCCCAUUCCGAAUCCAAACAUGGCACAUCCGAUGGCAUACCUCAAUCCUCGUCAUCGAAGUCGAAUUCAUCAAUAGAGAGCAAGAAGCUGUACAUUAAAAUGGACCCCCAAGCUGGACUGCAUUAUUCUAAUGCUCAAUUCGAAAAUGCGGCGAGAAAUAGGGGUUUUCAAAAUUACUGGAAUGAUGUGGCAAUUAAGCAGGACAAGUUGGUCCUUGCGUAUGUGCUCGAAGCGUUCACAACUCUUGGAGUAGACUUUUCGUCUCUUGAGAAAGGGAACCGCGUGCCAAAUAUCACCCAUCUGCCAAAGCACUCGAAAAUAGUCCAGCGACUAUGGGACAUCUUAGAAAAGCACGGUAUUAUCAACCGUGAGAAUGCAACUAUUUGCCGUGGCGCAAAGUCAGCUCUGAGUCCAUCUGCUUCUGAACUACACCAAGAAUUCAUAAACCAACAUGCAACUUAUUCAAUUGAAGCUCAGUUAAUGGCCAUCACUGGUUCUAAUUUGGCAGAAUGCCUCAAGGGCGAUGCUGAUCCGAUUAGACUGCUGUUUGGGACUGCCGGCUCCGGCAAGAUUCUCGAAGAAUAUUACGGACAUUCUCCGAUGCUUUCUACUCUAACGGACCAACUAGUGACGUUUAUUAUGGGCUCUCUAGGUAAUUCUAAUGGGCCACAGCCUGCCCCAUUGCGAGUUCUAGAGGUUGGUGCUGGGACUGGAGGUACGACCGCAAGACUGGUCGAUCGUCUUGCAGCCUCGGGUAUUAUAGUCGAGUAUACAUUCACAGAUGUUUCUUCAACCAUGGUAUCAAAGGCCAAGAAAAAAUUUGUGCAGUACAGCUGGGUGUCGUUCGAGAAGUUCGAUCUUGAACAGUCUGUCCCUCCGCAUAUGAAGGGGAAGUUCGACAUCAUCAUCGGCACAAAUUGCGUGCAUGCGACAAGUGACAAGGCUGCCACGACAAGCCGGAUACGAGAUAUGCUCAAUAACGACGGUUUUAUGGUGCUUUCCGAAGUUACACGCAUUAUCGACUGGUAUGACAUUGUUUUUGGAAUGCUUGAAGGUUGGUGGUUAGCCGAUUGUGGUUUGUCCUACCCAUUGCAGCCCGCCGAAACUUGGAUGACUGCUUUUCGAAAAGCUGGAUUUUCUUCCGGACUGUUUUCUCAAGGAACCACCGAAGAUUCUAACACGCAGCAACUGCUCAUUGGCUGCAAUCGUCUGAUUACUGACCCCUCUGGUGAAAGUUUCAUGCUACCUAAGGCGACCAACCUCCAUGAGAAACAAACUGUGGUUUACAAGGAGGUAGGUACCCUUCAAAUAAAAGCAGACAUUUUUGUACCAACACUUGCAAAAACAGCGCCUAUGCCCAUUGCCCUGAUGCUUCAUGGCGGCGGGCACAUGACACUUUCGAGAACGGCCAUCCGCCCCGCUCAAACGGCAUAUCUGCUUUUGAAUGGUAUUUUGCCAAUCAGCCUGGAUUAUCGGCUCUGCCCUGAGAUCAACCUUGUUGACGGUGCAAUGACGGAUGUCCGCGAUGCAUUUAGUUGGGCAAGAAGUAUACUCCCAUCCAUUCUACGCCACAGGGGAAUCGCGCUGGAUACAGAGCGGAUCGCAGUUAUCGGCUGGUCUACUGGAGGUCACCUUGCAAUGUCGAGUGCGUGGACAGUCGGAGCUGCAGGGGAAACUCCACCGAAAGCAAUUCUAUCGUUUUAUGCUCCCACAGACUUCCUGUCAAAGGACGCUUUCACUAAUCGUGGAGCUUCGAUUAUCCCUCAUAGCAUGACGAGGGAGCAAAUAUUAAAGGCUAACAUAUCGGAACCCAUCAGCAAUUACAGUAUAAACGGUGGGGACUCCCCAGAACUCAAUUGGGCCAAGUCCGGAGAUCUGCGCUCUGAGCUUCUGCUAUCGCUUUUUAGAGAGCCUAGGGAGUACGGUCUAUCUCUGAUGCUUAAUGGCCAACCUGGCGCCGAAGGAAAUAUUGAGAAGCUUUUGUGGGAGCCGCCCAGCCUGCAGCGACAGGCAGCAAUCUGUCCGACAGCCCGCCUGCAAGCAGGGCAGUACAAUGUACCUACAUACAUUAUACAUGGCGACCAAGAUAACAUUGCUUCGUUUGAAGCUGCUUCGAAAUUUCAUAAGGAAAUGAGUCAGAGGGGGAUCAAGUCUGGGCUUUUGGUGGUUAAGAAUGGACAUCAUAUCCAUGACUUGCAUUUGAAGCCCGGAAAUGGUAAAUGGGACGAACAGGUGGCACCUGGUUAUCGAUUUUUGUUUGAUGCUUUGAAUGUUUGA